AUGCCUUAUAUUUAUAGCGAAUUUAUAUAUGAUUUAGAAAUUACAGUUAGCCACAUUCAAAUUCAUCCUAAUUUCUCUAUGGAUCAAUCCAAGCAAGUAAUUGCCUUAGAAUGUACAGCAUAUGGUUGGCCAUUACCAGCUUUAUCUUGGUGGAUUGGUAAAGAAAUGAUUACAAGUAGCUAUCAUGCUACUCUUGUUACAUCCAAUCCUAAACUGUACCAAAACAAAUUAACUCUGAUUUUUAAGUCCUUUUCGUCCGCUGAUAAUAAUGGGAGUUAUUGGUGCAAGGGGAUAAACUCUAUCAGUGAAGCAAGAUCAAUUAAAGAUAUUACGUUAGGAAAUUGUCACCAAAGUAAUAUCUGCCUGCAUGGAAAGUGCUAUCAGCGUAAAGGUCGCUUCUACUGUUCUUGCGAUAAAAAUUAUACAGGAAAUAAAUGCCAGACAUUUCUAUGUGACCUUAGAGUUGGCUCUAAAGUGGAUUAUUUUUCAUGUAACAACAGCGAUGGAAAACCAAACUGCAACUGUAGUCAUGGAACAGAAACCUGGUUUGUAACGCCAAGUAGCAAGUAUUUACUAACAGGCAUAAUCAUUGGAGGAUUAAUAGAUGCUAUGGCUAUCUUGAUACUACUUGUAAUUGGAGUGAUUCUGUAUCGACGUUUCCGUCGUCAGUCUGUUCCACGUUAUUUACUUGAUGAUCAAGACGUUAAUGAGCUUCUUUAA